AUGGCGGAACGCAAGGUUCUCAACAAGUACAUCCCACCUGAUUUCGAUCCGGCGGCGCUUCACGCGAACCGUGAUAUGCUCCGCAACGAUGGAUACGGUCGUGGCAAGACAACCUUUGCGCGACGCAUCAAAGGAGGUAUGAGCGCGCGUAUGCUCGACAUACGUAUGAUGUUCCCGUUUACGUUUCGUUGUGAAAGUUGCAGAAAUUUCACAUACAUCGGAACCAAAAUGAAUUCCAAGGUCAUGCGACUCAAAGAGGAUACUUAUUUGGGAAUUGAAAAACACCGAUUCUUUGCCAAAUGCCCACAUUGCAGUCAUCAAAUCAUUUUCAAAACUGAUCCGCAACACGGCGACUAUCUGCUUGAGUCUGGCGGUACACGUACGUAUGACGCAAACAGAGAUGCGGAAUUGGCAGCAGAGGCAGUCUCCAAGGAGGAGGAUGAAAUCGCCGAGAAGCGAGACAAAACCGAGAAAAUGAUGGAAAAGGCCGAUCAUGCAUACGCUGAAUAUGAGGAGUUGGAACGGUUGACCGCUCUAAAGCGACGAUCUGGCAGAAUGCGGGACAGAGAGAACGCAGCCGAACUUAGUUUACAACGAAUACAAAAGGAAAAGGAGAUUCAGUUCGUACCCCCAGUAGAUGAUGAAGAUGUGGCACUUUUUCGGAAACAACAGCAAGAAAUAUUUCUCAACUGUUCUGAGGAGGACGAUUGUGAUGCGUUUAUAUCGUCAACAAGGGAUGAUAACCCUACAUAUCGUUCGGAAUAUUUAGAAGAAAUUGUUGAUGAAGGGGAUGAAACUGUUCUUGAGGAUGGAAAGCAGACGUUUUCAAAUGAUAAAAAACUGGAGCAUAACCUAUAUACUUCAAGUGCAGUCAAGCAAGCUUUCUCAAUCGUUAGCGUGAAAAAGCGGUGCAAUACCAUUGUAAAUCCAUUCGAAGCUUACGACAGUGAUUAG